AUGAAUGGCGCAUCAAACAGGCUGAUCCGUAUCAAUUCAGAUGGCGACUCGACUACCUACCCCCUCAACCUGCCUGGGAAUUGGCGUACCGGGGAUGUCGACAGCCAAGGCCAUUUGUGGGUGGCACUGUUUGACGGAACUUGGGCCGAGAUCGAUGUCGACCAGCAGUCGCCUACCUUUGGCACCGUUUUGAGCCAAGGAGACGGCACAGGCUUUCGAGCGGACUAUACAGUGGCUGACUGGGCUUUUGUUCCCGGAGGUGGUCCCUACACUUACGCCAUAAUCUAUCAGACUGAUGGCGAUGCCAGGAGGGCGCGGUUCAACACCCUCACAGGCACAUGGGACCCUCUCGAGUCCUAUGGGCAGCUCGUGAACGGUAGUUCCGGGUGUUGGGGUGCCGUUUAUUCUUCCGGUGGCGGCAAUCUUUACGCCUCCGAGAACAACACUGGGGAGAUUUGGCGAUUCCCAAUCGUGAACGGAGGCGAUCCGGAGAUGGUCGUCCAGGGCCCCGUUUCAUCGAACAAUGACGGAGCCAGAUGCGUGCUUGCGCCCGACCCGGCCGCACCAAGUUCAACAGCCACCUAA